AUGUUGCAGCAGCCUUGCCGGGUAUUUCAGCAUCUGGGGGGGGCGCGCCCACGGGCUACAUUUUUUCAAAUGAGCGUGGCAUCGCGGCGACGCCUGGGCGACGCCAUUUUUGAUGGAGACCGCAACGUUGAGCAAACUUUUAAUGCAUGGGCAGCCCGGCACGGGCAGCUCUUGGAUGGUGAUGCAAACGACGUUGGACAGCUUCGAUGUUGCAUCGCGCUACACGUGCCGACAGCUGUGCUGAUAUCUGAAGGCAAAUGGAGAUCUUUUUGUAUCCCCUGGACGACGGGCAAACAUGGCGGUGGCGCAGGCUUCCACCUAGUUCGGCAUAUCAUGUUGGGUGACCGGCCAGAAGUCGAUGAUAAUGAGGAUGAUCAGAACCCUGCGCAUGUUUUGUCGCCCGAUUUGCUUCAGGGCUUGAUCAACACAAUGCAGCUCUUGGUCCAGAACAAUCCUUUGCAAGCCAACGAUGUGACCUUCUAUGUUGAUUGGGCCCAGCGGCUGAGGACUGACAUGGUGCGCCACUCCCACAUGCGCGGUGAGAAAGCGUACCGCAUGGAGCACCUCAUCAACUGUCUGAUGCUAGCAGCUUUGGGCAAGGAUGCGCAUCGGCUUCGCGAUACCGUCGCACGCGCCCUCGCAGCGUCGGUGAUUCAAGACAGUGUGCGACAAUACUACAGAAAUAUCCUAGACGAACCCCGUCGAAUACCUUCGGCCACAAGCAUUUAUCGACACCGCCUCACAGUUCAUUUGGGAUUCUGCCGCCUGGUCGCUGAGCACACCGAAGAGCUUUUGAAUGGGCCAGGCGGCGCGUGCAGGUGGGGCACGUUGGACAGCAGCCAGCAAGCGAACCACGAUCUCCUCUACCACGGCAGCGUCACCAUGGCCGCAUAUGACUUGUCUGCUCGGUUUGAGGAUGCGCUGGAAGUGAUUCGCAUGGCCGCCCUUCCUCCAGAUCAGCAAGAUGGUUCUUUGCAAGUCCGCUUUGGACGUUUGGCUUCGGCUUUGAAGCUUCGUGCUGGGGUGCCAGUCGGAGUGGGCUCUGGCAAGAGCUCGCUGCGGCGCAAGAUGCAUGCUCUUGUUCACGGCUGCCGCCUGACAUCCUCAUCGUGGAAGGGGGCGGCAAGACUCAUCACAUCGACCUUCGCUUGGACUGGCGACCUGGGCACUGAAUCGGGCAUCGCGCAGUUCGCCGAGAGCAUGCGCACCUUGUUUGGCGAGUGGGUCGUCCAAGCAGAUGCCCCUCCCGGCGCCUCGACCGGGCAUGAGUGA